AUGACUCUCCAUAUCCUACCAAAUGAACUUCUGCUAGCCAUAGCAGAGACCCAGAACUCACAGAAGGACAUUAAUGCAUUUGCAAGAACCAGUCGCCGCUGCUAUAUCCUCCUGAACCCCUUUCUCUAUGCGUACAACGUCCAACAGCACCAAGGGAGCGCACUCCAUUGGGCAGCAAUCCAAGGGCAACUAAGAACAGCCAAAGAAUCACUCCGACAAGGAGCGGAAAUCGAAUCAAGGCACAGAAAAACAAGAAAAACGCCAUUGAUACACUCUGCUCAAUGUGGUCAUGCAGAUGUGGUUGCAUUGCUGUUAGCACAUGGAGCUAACCCGCACGCCAAAGGUGGCCGGGGAACCAAGGACCCAAUCACAUCAGCUGUACUUCGCAACAGAGCAGCCGUCGCUAGCAUUUUACUUGAUAACGGGGUUGAUGUGAAUUUGACAGGCUACAAAGGCAGCCUAUUGCAUCUUGCGGCUGAAAAAUGUCACAACAGCCGCGCGGCAGUCGCGAGAGUUCUUAUUGAGAGAGGUGCCAACCUAGAAUCUAUGAAUGACUUGAAACAGACCCCGUUGCAGGUAGCAUGUGAGUCUGACUCCGUGGAGGUGGCCCGAUGUCUAAUAGAAAGUGGUGCCGAUCUGGAUGUGCGAUGUCGACGUGGAAGAUCGCUCCUGCAUUUGGCAUCCUCCACGGGUUCCAAGGCCAUCGAAUUGUUGGUGGAGAAAGGAGUCAAUCUCGAGGUGAAAGACGAGAAUGGUGAGACACCACUGCAUCUAGCAUGCUGGUUUGGCCGGGUGAAAACAGCAGCGGUCUUGCUGGAUCAGGGUGCAGAUAUAGAGGCAAGAUCGUCAAAUGGGAGCACACCAUUGCUGCGGGGAUUGCUCUGGGAGCUCAGUGUACGCAGGGACCUGGGGCUGGCCUCUGUGACCGCACUCUUGCUGGAACGAGGUGCCAAUCCAGGACAGGGAAACAACUCUAACAUCACACCGUUGCAUUGUGUGACAUCUAAAAUCGAUGCACGGCUUUUCAAGAGAUUUAUAGAAUACGGUGCCGACCCAGAGCCUAAAACUAGGCUGGGAGUGACGCCCCUGCAUGAACUAGCGAUUCACUGCUCACUGGAGUCCGCAAGGCAUUUAUUGCAAAAGGGCGUUGAUGUUCAACCAAGGGAUGGAAAAGGCAACACACCAUUGCACCUGGCAGCGCAAAUUAAAGAUGUCGAAUUUGUCAGGUUGCUGCUAGAGGCAGGUGCUGAUCGGCUGAUCAAGAAUCACAAGGGUCAAUUACCUGUACAUCUAGCUAAGGAUCAACUACCUGUGCAUCUAGCAAGAAGAGCAGCGAAAUUGGAAGGAGAACAGAAAUUGGAAGAACGACAGAGAAAAGUGAUAGAUCUUCUGGAGGCUCGGGCCGAGCAUCAAUAUCAACAAUUUUGA